AGCUUGCCCAAUAGCCGCCGCGCGUUGUGGGAGGGGCCUGUGUGCGCAGACACGGUGCUGUUGUUGUAGGAAGUUUGUCAAACAAUGAGUUUUCAUUAUAACCAGGGUUACCCAACAGGAAAUCCACAACCUGGUGCUCCUUAUGGGGAAGGAACUGGCCCCUAUACACAUCCUCCUUCAGCUCCAUAUGGAGGUGCAUCAGCUCCACCAGGAGCUCCUCAUGGCGGUUAUGGAGUGCCAGGGCAGGGAGGGCAUUAUGGAUCCACUGGUGGGCCGUAUGGGGGACACCCUCAGGGAGGAAUGUAUGGACAACAUGCACCUGCAGGAAACAUUCCCCCUGGUGUUAACCCAGAGGCUUACCAGUGGUUUCAGAGUGUUGAUACUGACCACAGUGGCUUUAUCAACCUGAAAGAGCUGAAGCAGGCGCUUCUCAACUCCAACAGCUCUUCCUUCAAUGAUGAGACCUGCCUCAUGAUGAUCAAUAUGUUCGACAAGACACGGUCUGGUCAUAUGGACCUCUUUGGAUUCACAGCCCUGUGGGACUUCAUGCAAAGGUGGAGAGCGAUGUUCCAGCAGUAUGACAGUGACCGGUCAGGCUACAUCAACGGCACAGAGCUACACCAAGCGCUCACCCAGAUGGGAUACCACCUGAGUCCCCAGUUUGCUGAGGCACUCGUGCGCCGCUUCAGUGUACGAGGCGGGCGACCCGGCAUCCAAAUGGACAGCUUCAUCCAGGUGUGUGUCCAACUCCAGAGCAUGACCCAGGCCUUCAGGGAGAGGGACACAAACAUGUCAGGCAACAUACGUAUGAGCUACGAAGAUUUCCUCUGCGGCACCAUCACCAGGCUCAUGUGACACCCCCCCUCUACGUGGAUGCACCGUGUGGCAUCUCACAUUCAGGUCAAAUUGUGCCCACCUUCCUCUGCUCUCCUGAUAUGUGUGCAUAUCUGUCAGGAUACGUUGAUUCUGGACUUUGUGCUGUAAAUGCAGAACAUCAAAUGCCACGGCCAUUCAUAACGUAAUAUUUGUCACAGGUUUCACCACAGAUCUGCAGAGAAAAAAACAAAAAAACAUCGCCUGUGGGUUGAUAACACGUCACCACACUGGUGCAUCUAAACAACCAAAAUAGUUAAUAUGCCUUAAUUUUGUUCAUUGAUGUCAAACUGCGUGUGCUUGCACAACCAGAAGGAUUUCUCACUGGUUUAUGUUCAUUUAGGGAAGUCUGACAAAAUUGCACCAGUG